GGAGGAUUGUGAUCAGUGCACUGUUGGAGUGAAGGACAGCGACCCCGUCUGGGUGACUGGAGACAGCACACCCUCAGACGGGGGCGUGGCAUGUGCUGGCUGAGAGACACAGCUGUCAGAUGAUUUGUCGCGCAGGUGGUACGUGUUAGAGUAAUCAUCUGUUGUCCUUAACAGUGAGCAGCCGGGCGCAAGGAGUUUGUUUGAGACCGGGGAGACGGAAGCAGAGACUGGUGAACAGAAAGCAGAGCGACUGAAAAGUCGAUGCAUUGUGGAUGUGUGAGCAAUCGGAAGAAUAAAUCUCCUGUCAAACCCGAACGACUGGCUUCCAGUGUGACUGUAACCCGGCCGUUACAGACGCUGUGUCUCCCCCGCAAAUGGCUCCUCGGAUGCCUGGGCAGGUGUGCUGGAGGUGUGGACGGCUUGGACACCUGCAGCGGGAAUGUCUUAGCAUGGAGGUGGGUGAGGUGAUCCGGGUCGUCGACCCUGCGGCGCCCUCCCCCGGGCCAGGAGAGACGUACUACGUACCGGUAAGGAUACAAGGGAGUACACACCGGGCGAUGGUGGAUUCGGGCUGCGAGCAGUCCAUGAUCCACCAGAAUCUGGUUCGACCUGGGGCGUUGAGAAUGGGUACACGGGUGCGGGUUAAAUGUGUGCAUGGGGAUAUUCACGAGUACCCUAUUGUGCCGGUUGAAAUUUUUUUUAAGGGAAAAAAACAUAAUGUUAAGGUGGCUGUAAAUUCGCGCCUGGCGCACCCCUUAAUCUUGGGAAUCAAUUGGUCGGGAUUUAAUGGGUUAAUAGAGCAGUGCGCAGGGGUGCGUUCACGACCGGUAGGGAAAGGGGAUAUCCGCGCUGUUCUCAUCGGCGACGCGAGAUCAUCCGACGCUGCUGGGGGGGAGGGGGAAGAGGAGACGGCGGGGGCUUCUCAGGAAGUUUCCCCGGCUCCCCAAUGGCGCCCCAUGGAUGAUUUUCCACUUGAGCAGUCUCGAGAUGACACUCUGCGCGCGACCUGGGACCAAGUGAUUUCAAUUGAUGGACAGCUGGUUCGUCCGGGGAUAGCGCGGGAUUUCCCUCACUUUGCAUUGAUUAGGGACAGAUUAUACAGAGUGAGUCGUGACACUCAGACAGGGGAGGAAAUCACCCAGUUGUUGGUGCCGAAAAACCGUCGGGAAAUGAUUUUCCAGGCGGGACAUUUUAAUCCCAUGGCCGGCCACAUGGGGUAUGAUAAGACACUUAAUCGAAUAAUGGUCCGGUUCUAUUGGCCCGGCAUUCGAGUGGGCGUGCGCCGCUGGUGUGCGUCCUGCCCGGAUUGUCAGCUAGUCAACCCCGCGGCCACCCCUAGGGCUCCUUUGCGGCCAUUAUCACUCAUAGAGGUCCCGUUUGAACGUAUUGGUAUGGACCUCGUCGGACCAUUUCAUCCGAACACCCGGGGAUAUCGCUUUGCGCUAGUCCUGGUGGAUUACGCAACGCGCUAUCCCGAAGCAGUACCACUGCGCUCCAUCUCUGCAAAGAGUGUAGCACAGGCACUGUUUCAAGUUAUCUCCCGAGUUGGAAUCCCGAAAGAGAUUUUAACUGACCAGGGCACGUCCUUUAUGUCACGCACAUUAAAGGAGCUGUACGGAUUAUUGGGGAUCAAAUCUAUUCGAACCAGCGUUUACCACCCCCAGACAGAUGGGCUGGUAGAACGGAUGAAUAGAACUUUGAAAUCCAUAAUCCGGAAGUUCGUACACGAGGACAAACCAAAUUGGCAUAAAUGGUUGGAUCCCCUAUUGUUUGCAGUGCGGGAGGUUCCUCAGGCCUCCACAGGGUUUUCCCUGUUUGAACUGUUAUUCGGCAGGAAGCCGCGAGGGGUACUGGACCUAGUUAAGGAAAGCUGGGUGGAAGGUCCAAGUUCCAGUAAAGACGAAAUUCAGUACGUCAUGGACUUGAGAGCAAAACUCCACACAUUGGGACACUUAUCACGGGAGAAUUUGCUCCAAGCCCAAGAACGUCAGCUACGCCUGUAUAACAAGGGGACGCAACUCAGACAAUUUUCACAGGGAGAGAAAGUACUUGUAUUACUCCCAACAUCCAGCUCUGAAUUACUCGCCAAGUGGCAAGGACCCUUCGUGGUCACACGACGAGUGGGUGACGUGGAUUAUGAGGUCCGGCAGUCUGACAGGGGCGGGGCAACCCUAAUCUACUACCUCAACCUAUUAAAAGGGUGGAGGGAAGCGGAGCCCGUCUCCAUGGUGACGGCGAUAGCGGAGGACGAGGAAGUGGGGCCGGAGGUUCCCCCCUCCCCCCGGUCCUCCCUUCUCCGCUGUGAUGAUAAUCUGACUCCGUCACAAAAAGCAGAUGUGGUUAAUUUACAGCAACAUUUUGCUGACAUGUUCUCCCCCCUGCCAGGCCGCAUGAACCUCACCCAACAUCACAUAGAGACCAGCACAGGCGUUACGGUGAGGUCUCGGCCCUAUAGGCUACCCGAACACAAGCGCAAAGUAGCUCGGGAGGAAUUUAAAAGCCAUGCUGGAACUGGGGGUAGUAGAAGAGUCACACAGUGCAUGGUGCAGUCCCAUAGUUCUCGUAGGGAAGAAAGAUGGGUUGGUGCGAUUCUGUGUGGACUACCGCAAGGUAAAUGAUGUGUCACGCUUUGAUGCCUACCCGAUGCCCCGGGUUGACGAGCUCCUAGACCGGUUGGGCACUGCUCAUUUUUUUACGACAUUGGAUUUAACUAAGGGUUACUGGCAGAUUCCCUUGUCUCCAGAGUCUAAGGAAAAAACGGCAUUCUCCACUCCGGAAGGUUUAUACCAAUUCGUGACCCUUCCGUUCGGCUUGUUCGGUGCGCCCGCCACUUUUCAGAGACUCAUGGACCGGGUGCUGCGUCCUCACGCUGCAUAUGCUGCCGCCUAUCUGGAUGAUGUCAUCAUCCAGGGGAACAACUGGGCGGAGCAUAUGC